ACAAAUAUUUAUACGUUUGUCAUUGAACUUAAAAUUUCCAUCAAAACAAUUUCUUUUACAUAUAUAUCAACAAUGAAUCAUGGACAUGGCAUGGAAGGCAUGGCACCAACAUCUCAGUCAACCAAUGGAACCUCUGGUAUGCACCACCACAACAUGAUGAUGAUGCAUAUGACCUUCUUCUGGGGCAACAUUACCGAGAUCCUCUUCUCCGGCUGGCCCGGCAGGCGAGGUGCCUGCAUGUAUGCAUUAGCCUUAAUAUUCAUCUUCGUGCUUGCGUUCCUCGUCGAAUGGCUCUCGCAUUCUCGACUGAUCAAGCUGCUAGGGGAAGGGUCGAGCAAUGUCUUGGCUGGCGUUGUGCAAACAUUGUUGCAUGCCAUUAGGGUUGGUCUUGCUUAUUUGGUAAUGCUUGCUGUCAUGUCUUUUAAUGGUGGGGUGUUUUUAAUGGCAGUGGCUGGCCAUGCAUUGGGAUUUUUGUUGUUUGGAAGUAGGGUUUUCAAGAAAAGCACUGAAAUGUUGCUUGAUGAUAACACAUCUGAUCCUCCCCCUAUGGCUUGCUGAUAUUGAAUCCUUCUUUUAUUGUAAUGAAAAAUGCCACAAAUUGUUUAGGAUCAAUAUAUAAGCUAUGUUCUUAAUUGAAUAUCUGUCAUUAAUUGAGAAUCAAAUU